ACGGCGGGACAGGAGUCGCAAUGGCAGCUCAUGCUAGCGAGCUGGAAAUAGCAAAGAAAAACUUAACUGAUGCCAUCGGGGAUAAUGUCAAACAUUAUUGGGCAAACCUGAAACUUUGGUUCAAGCAGAAAAUCAGCAAAGAAGAGUUCGACAUCGAGGCACGUCGUCUCCUCGCUCAGGAUAAUGUUCACGUCCACAACGAUUUCCUGCUGGCAAUUCUGACACGAUGUCAGAUAAUUGUGUCCACACCAGAAGGAGGUUCAAUGCAGUGGACAAGUGGAUCUGCCUCCAAGCCUGGGAAGCCAAAAGGAAAGAAGAAAUGUUCCUCUGUUCGUCAAAAAUUUGAUCACCGCUUCCAACCUCACAACCCGCUGACCGCAGCACAGCCGUUCUGUGUGCGGGAGCCAGGCCCUGGGGUGGAGGAGGAGGAGCUGCGCCUUAGCGCCCACACGCUGCUGCUGCCCACACGCGGUCAGCUGGAGGCCCGCAUGAUCGUCACCGCCUUCGAGAUGGGCUUGGACAAUGUGACGGAGGAUGCCGUCAGCACCAUGGCUUGUGCUCUGGAGGUCCAUCUGAAAGAUGUCAUCAGCGCUGUGGUCUCCAGGAGAAAAGCCUAUCGUCUGCGUGAUGGUCAUUUCCAGCAUGCCUUCAGCAGUGACAUCACACCUCAACCAUAUCUAAAAAACAGUGUGGCAGCUUACCAAAGUGUCAUGGAGUGCCCGCCCCCCAGCGCCUCACUUCCAGUAGGCCCACCCCCUCAGGUGUCACCAGACGAGGCUGAACAGCAGGCAGCACUCCUAUUGGCCUGCUCUGGUCACAAUCUCCCUGCCCCUUUACCUCCUAUUAACAUGUAUGACUUAUUGGAAGCAUUACAGGUCCAUCGGCGGGUCAUGCCCUCUCACACCAUGUACGCUCUGAACAUGGAGCGCAUCCUGGCCAGGCUGUGGCACCCCAGUCACGAGGAGCUGGAGCAAGACCGUGUGCAUCGCCAACGGCUCGCUGCCAAGGAGGGCCUGCUGGUCAGCUAAGACCACUGCUCUCCGUCUGGGGCAGUGGCCAGUACCCAGCCACCGGGGCCCCCACAGGACUGGUACAUCCCUGGCGAGUUGACCAGGUGAUAGUCGGACUUUUGAGGAAGCCACGUUUCGCACACAUGGUCCAAAGUUGAGGCCCAGUUACAGACUGGUGGGUUGUGGGAGAUGACCUUCACACUGAGCUGGUGCUGAUCUGUGUAUGCCCAGCAGUUCUGGGUUUGAGGCCCCCGGGUGGUGGAUUAUCAGUAAUGUUGUUUUCCUAACUAUAUUCGUACCUGUUUUUUUGUAAAUAUCUUUAUAUUUGUUUUAUAGCCAUACAAAACACCUAGAGGAAAAUAAACUGUAAGAGCAAAAAAAACUAAA